AUGGCAACUCUGAUGUCCAAGGAUGUACGAAAGGGGGUCACAGAUGUAGGCACGCUGACAAAACUGCUGAAACACCUACAGCCAUGCGAAGACGACUCAACCCUGGUUGCAGAGAUUAAGAGGGUGAUGGCCAAUGACCUCUCCACACGCUACAGAGGCACCCAAGAUGCUCUCAACAUAGUUCUGGUGCUCAGAGCAGAUCGGUGUCGUCCCCCAAUCAUGAGGUGGUUCGCCCGCUACUCCUGCCAGGUGUCGAAAAAAAGUCAGAGCUGGUACAAUGUAUUGAGUCCCACCUACAAGCAGCGGAAUGAGGACUUCAGGAAGCUUUUCAAGCAGCUGCCUGACACUGAGCGCCUCAUUGUGGACUAUUCCUGUGCCCUGCAGCGGGACAUCCUCCUGCAGGGACGCCUCUACCUUUCAGAGAACUGGAUUUGUUUCUACAGUAACAUAUUCCGAUGGGAAACCCUGCUGAUGGUUCGAUUGAAGGACAUCUGCUCCAUGACCAAGGAAAAGACAGCCCGCCUCAUUCCCAACGCAAUCCAGCUGUGCACUGACAAUGAGAAGCACUUUUUGACCUCAUUUGGGGCGAGGGACCGGACGUACAUGAUGAUGUUCAGACUGUGGCAGAAUGCUCUCCUGGAGAAGCCUUUAUGUCCGAAAGAGCUGUGGCACUUUGUCCACCAGUGUUAUGGUAACGAACUUGGCCUGACCAGUGAUGAUGAGGACUAUGUCCCUCCUGAUGAGGACUUCAACACCAUGGGGUACUAUGAAGAACUGCCCGUUGAGGAAAACAACGAGCACAACGACACCAGCAACACCGCCAAGAACACUGAAGCCAAGCCAGAUGUCAGCCCCCUCCUGCCCCACAAAGUCUUCCCUAACAACGUCACGCUGGAGCUACCCAGCGCCGAUUCUUCAGUCCCUCAGUAUGACCUGCCCCCUGUUGAGGAUGUACCCAGCCCUCUCCCUGAUGCAGACCUCCUGACACUCCCCAUGCCUGAGAACCGCAGCAGCCAGCCGAGCAGCCACACCCCUUCACCGUCACUGGACCUCAACGACAACGAGGACUUGCCCACUGAGCUCAGCGACUCAUGCGAGACGCACAACGAAGGCGAGGUGCAGGCCUUCCACGAGGACCUGAGUGGCAGGCAAUACAUCAACGGGGUGUACAAGUUUGGUGUGGACAAGAUGUAUGACUUACUAUUCACUGAGUCUGAGUUCAUGAGAGACUUCCGGGCGCAGAGGAGGUUCUCAGAUGUGGUGUAUCACCCAUGGAGAAAAGAGCAGGAUGGUAACCAGACAAGAGAGAUCAUGUACACCAUCGCCCUGAAUAAUCCUCUCGCUCCUAAAACAGCUACAGUCACUGAGACACAGACUCUAUACAGGGCGAGCCAGGAGAAUGAGUGCUACAUUAUUGACGCGGAGGUCAUCGCCCAUGAUGUGCCCUACCACGAUUACUUCUACACUCUCAACCGCUACAUGCUCACCAGAGCGCCCAAGAACAAGUGUCGUCUUAGGGUGUCAACAGAGCUUCGUUACAGGAAGCAGCCAUGGGGGCUUGUGAAGGGCUUCAUUGAGAGGAACUUCUGGAGUGGCCUGGAUGAGUACUUUAGACACUUAGAGCUGGAGCUGAAUAAGUUGGAUGUGGUGUUGGGGGAACCUCACAGACACUCACCAAAGACCAAAGCUCUGAGGGCAGGCACCAGCCGGAGGAGGAAACAGACACUGAGAACGCCGGGGAACAUGGACGAGUGCUUGAGCCCCGUCACCACACCUGAGGAUGAGGAGGACAUCGGGUGCAUCAAACUUGUGGCAGGUUCCACACAGACCAGACAUGUACCCGAUGCUCCAGGAGGCUUUGCACUUUACAGCUUCUCCAAACUGCUGCUUCUUAUCAGCCUUGUCCUGAUACUGCUGGUGGUUCUCAACGUAAUGUUGUUCUACAAGCUGUGGAUGCUGGAAUACACCACACAGAGUCUGACUGCAUCGCAUGGACUGAGACCACAAGAAGGAACUCCUCAGACCCAGCUGGAAUGGGUACAGCUCAUGGAUUCCCAGCAGCGUUACCAUGACGAUGAGCUCCAGAAGUGGAAAGAGAUAAUCAAAUCAUCAGUGCUGCUGCUUGAUAAGCUCAGAGAGUCCCUUCUCAACCUUCAUAAAAGCAUUGGCGUCAGGGACCACAAUGAGUCAGAAAAAAGAAGAAAUCAGUAUUACUGAUCCAUAAUCUCAAGGCAUGAAUACACAAUGUGCAAUAUUCAGCAUACAUUUUUUGAGCCUGUGGAGAGAACGUAGCAGCGUUUGGAGUUCAGUCAGAGCUUUUCAGAAAAAGAACCCUGAACCUCAAGUGACUUCCCUAAACUGCAGUAGGUGAGAGAGUGCACUACCACACCACAGUGUGUCCUGCAGAGACUACAUCAUUUGCAGGACGUGUCUGUAGCUUUAUGUCCGUCUCGUUCAUCCACAUUCCUCCUCUCCAAAGCCCAGUGACCCAAAGCAUGAUGCUUCUUCUAGCUUCUGAUAUUUUUCCAAGUGAAAAUCCAUAUUGAAAUUAUAUGCACAUUCACUUUCAGACGUGCAAAAAUACACAUAUUUUCUUUCCCUUCAAGGAGCUCUAGCAGCUGCUGUAGUACUUAGUUUUUUUACCUUUAGAACUAGGAAACAGACAGACACUGUAAUAAAUCCACAGUUUGCAGUAUUUUAAGUUCAUCAAGUUUGCCCAGCAGAAAUAUUAGGAAUUGAAGUGUAACAGCAUACAUGUGUGGGUGUGUGUGAAUGUGUGUGAGUGUGUGUGUGUGUGAGACAGAGAGUGUUUUUCAGACGUAUUUGGCAGAUCAGGGCUGGCUUCCCUGAGACCUUAUGCCAGACUUUUGUGAUUCUACAUUGUAUGUUUAUGUUGUCUGCGACAUAAAAUGUUCUGAACUGUAGCUGCAGCGCUGCUCUGCAGGUUUGAUUUACUGUUAUGUUGAUAUGGAGAUUUUGAUUUGCAAGCAGAGAGAAUGUAUGGAAAGGAAAACAAGAGUGCUUCAUUCAAAGUGGAACGGCUCCAGGUUUUCUAAUGAGUUGCCAAGGGAAUAAAGAAAUGUUCUGUUCACAGCCGACCAUUAUGUCAUUCCAGUGUUUUAGUGAUUUACCACACACACAUCUCACUGCUUAAUCACUGCCAAGGACCUAAUGUCAAUAACGUUACCCUAUUUUGAAAUCCUUUUUAAGCCAUUUCUGUGCAUCAAUUCAUGUGUGACUGUCAUGUAUAUAUACUGUGGGCCAACAGUUCAGCCAUAAAGUAGGCUAAAUGUCAAAUGCAGUGACAUUAAAUAUGUGCUAGCUUUCUGCUCUGGUACUGUAGGAUCUUUAAAUCACUCAUGUUCUUUGGUUUGAUGUUACCAAAUUUUGUCAGAGCUAGUCUGCCAGAGAUAAUCUCACUGGUUUGAGCUGGAGCUCAGUGGGCAGAGACAGAGAGCCACAGUUCAUUAGAGUACAGGUUACAGUAGUUAAAAGGCAGCCUCAAAGAGAAAAACAAGUUGCUUAAAGUAAAAGAAAAGACACUGACUUCAUGCUAAUGGUAUUCAUUAGCUGGCAUGGUCAACGACUAGCUCAGUGAGUCAGACAUGAUUCUGUCACAUUUGUGGUGAAUAUACAUCCUAGAGAUUAUAAGUAGUACGGUCUAGGAUGUGAAAAGUGUCCUGAGAAAACUUUUGUUAUCAAUUUGCGCUAUACAAAUAAAAUUGAAUUGAAAUUGAAUUGAGACAACCAGUUGAAAUGUUGGUUACUCGAAGCUGCAGUAGGUCAUUUUUAUAAAAAUAUUUUUAUCAUAUUGGCUGAAACUUUCUCUAUAUCCUGACAGUAGUACAUAAAACAGAUAAUCUGUGAAAAUUGAAAAUCAGGUUCCUCUGGCUCCUCCUAGUGCUCCUAAUGGAAUUUUCAUUAAAAUCCACCGGGCCUAAAUGAAAACAAUAAAUCAGAGCCAAGAAAGCUAGCUAAUUGUUAAGGCUCAUUCCCAGGGAGUCAAACAGAGACGCUUUGGGAUCCUAGGAAUGAGCGCUUCCAGGGAGUUUGUUAAAUCAGAGUAGUUUGAUCAACUCUGAAUAUGUAAAAUAAUAAACCCUCACAUUAAAAACAGCCAUCAACAAAGGAGCUCCAAUACUACAAUUCACCAUGGCAAUGACUAAAAGGGCAGAGCGUGAGUGGAGCUAGAAAUGCCAGGACAUCACAUACUGCACUGCCUUCCUAUCUGAGUGCAUAGCUAGCUUAAUGCUGAGAAAACAGCACUGAAAAUGUCCUUGUUAAAAUGGAUAGAAAGCACCAAAAGAAUUUAGUUAAUAGUAUAUGGUUAGGGUUCUGUUGUGGGUAGGGGGUCUGUUGAUCACACUUGACUGAACUGUAAAAAUCCUGUAAUGCCAUGUAAAGCCAAACUAUUGAAAUGUGUGACAAAUGUUGAAAUUUUAAACAAAAUCGAGUGGAAAACAUCUUGUAACAUUGACGUUUUGGUGAGUUGUAAUCUGAAACUACACCGCUAGAUGCCACUGAAUCCUACACACUGGACCUUUAAGUAAGCUGAUGUUCGUUUACAGUAUGAGUAUUUUGUGUCUGAAAUAUGGUGAAUUGCUGUUAAAAAAAUGUUAUUUAUAUUUAUUUUAAUACUGUAAUAGAGAAGAAACCAGAAAGCCACAUCUACAAAAGAACACAAUUCUGAACACAAUCAGCCCUGUUAAAGGCCUGACAAGUGGGACACCAACUGUGUUCAAAAUAAAUAAUGUGGGCGCCUGGUUAGCUCACCUGGUUGAGCUGGUGACCAUGUACCUAGUCCUUGCUGCAGUGGCCCAGGGUUUGAAUCCGACCUGUGGGGCUUUUGUUUGGCAGAAUAUU